AUGACCCCACAAGCAAAAAAAUGGCCCUCUAGAGAAGGAUUCACGGCGGACGUGGUUGGGAACGUGCUCCACCACACCCUGCUUAGUCCCUGGAAGAUAGUGCCGCUGCUGGCGCUGGCCCAGUACACUGUCAAAGGCCGUGAGCUCCUCGAGUCGCGGCCGCACCUGCUCAAGGCCCUCAAAGUGCUCGCCUCACUCGCGGUCUUGAGCCGCCUUGGCUCCUGGCUCGAUAAGCGCACCAUCAACAACGGUGUCCAAGACCACUACGACUGGAACCGCGAAGUGGUGAUCCUCACCGGGGGCAGCGGCGGCAUCGGCCGCCGAAUCGCCCAGCUACUCGGUGACCGUGGUAUCAAAGUCGCCAUUCUAGACAUUGCCCCACCAACCGAGACGCUGCCCAACAGCGUGCGCUACUAUGAGUGUGACAUCACUUCGCCUGCACACAUCUCAGAGGUUGGCACCAAGCUCCGGGCCUCAUUCGGGCGCCCGACCAUUCUCAUCAACAACGCCGGCAUCCUGACCGGCAAGACGAUCCUUGGCACCACCGAAGCCAUCACCCGCCGCAUGUUCGACGUCAACACGCUGGCGCACUAUUGGCUAGCGCAGGAGUUCCUGCCGGACAUUAUCGCCGGCAACCAUGGCAUGGUGGUCACCGUUGCCUCACAGGCCGGCUACACCGUCACUCCGAACAUGGUCGACUACUCGGCCUCCAAGGCGGCGGCCAUCGCCUUCCACGAGGGCCUCGCCGCCGAGUUGGUCACCCGAUACCAGGCACCACGCGUGCGCACCGUACUGGUCACGCAGGGCUUCACGCGCACCACGCUCAUCCGCAACCUCACACCCGAGGAUACCUUCUUGAAUCCACUGCUGUACCCAGAGACUGUGGCGGAGGCGCUUGUGCAGCAGGUGCUGAAGGGUGAGAGUGGCCAUGUGCUUGUGCCUGGUGCAGCGGGAUCGAUUGCACAGCGGCUGAGGGGGUAUCCUCUUUGGUUCCAGCAUUCGCUGCGGUGCCGGUUGGAGAGACUUAUGCGGGCGGAUUAA